AUGGAUGUUUCUGAAGCUGAAUCACAGGAUUACCCUCCAAGACUUUACCCUGAAGGGUCUUCUAAUCUAGAAGCUAAAUAUAUUAAUCACAAUUUCCAUUUAGGAGAAUUCCAUCACGUUAGAGAAGCAAUCGGACGUUAUGUGUGGGAAGAACUGGAGAAGUCUCCUAUUGGAAUAGUUGCUAAGCUAGCUGGACGCAAAAGCGUGUGGUCUGGUAAGACCGUACACUAUCUACUAUGCAGACAGUUGCGAGUCUAUAAAAAGGAGAUUUGGAGUCUCGUCGUUGAUCAACCCAUCAGGUUUAGCUUACAUGAGUUUGGCGAAAUCACUGGGCUAAACACAGAUCCAGUGCAAACAGAAAGUUUUGAACCUGACCCAUAUAAAGCGUUUUGGGAGGAGUUGAAUCUGCCGCUUGGGAUGGGACCCAAGUUAGAUGAACUGAAGCCAGCAUUAGAGGUUUGUCAGAGUUGGAGUUUUGAAAAGCGUAAAUGGUUAGGGCUGUUAUUUCUUCAAGCCAUGGGACUUUAUGCUUUGCAUCAUAAUUCUAGGAUACCAUUUAAAAGUGCAAAAAGAGUAUUCGAUGAUGAAGCCAUAAUGUCGUAUCCAUGGGGUCGGACUGCAUAUGAAGUUCUUGUUGACUCUAUUAAAAUGUUGGAUCCACAAGGAGGGUCAUACACAAUAAGCGGCAUGAAGGACGUGUUAUUGGUUUGGGCGUAUGAAUCUGUCACUUGCUUUGGAGAGCGAUUUGGGAGAGUGGUCAAUAAUGAAGACAUUCUGCUUUUCCGAUGGGGUGGAAAGUGUACACGUGCAAGUUUUGAUACAUUGUUCUCUCAAGAGAUCAUAGAUCAUGGUGAGGUGCGUGUGAGGAAAAAGGUUAUGAAGGACUCAGUUGAAGAGAUGUUUCCUCAAUGGUCGGGUGAAGAUAACGACCCACAACUCGUUAACUUGAUAACAGACAUACAAGCAGGUAGAUUUGUUAGAGGUUUUUGGGAAGUGCAGGGGAAGGAGAAGAAAAGAAAACUGAAAGGUGGAGUUUCGUCAGAAGCUGAGCCACCCAAUAAGAAGCAUAAGAAAGAAGUUAAAAAAUAG